UCCCCAUCCCAAUCCACCAAUUUCGAUACAGAAACAUCGAACAUCUAUCCAUAUCCAUAUUUCCGAUCCCCAGGAACCGCCCGCGGACCUUUCAAUUCUUCUCUCCUCCUCCUCGCCUUUUACGGCAGCGAUCCUCCCCCAGAUUCCAUCCCCACAUCACAUUCUCAACAUGCCUCUACACGCAGAACGUCCCAUCGUCCGCGUCGAGCCCGGCUCGAUGCACACAAUAGAAACCAGAAAUCCAGAGAACCUCUUUGGUCUAUGGUCAGUCUUCUCGAAAUGUGCCAUCGCCAUGGAAGACGGCAAACGAUAUGAAAACAUGGCCUGGAGAUUGUGGUCCAGAGAAACCUUCUGCUGCGCACCUGAUCCCCUCUUCGCUCCCCACUGGUCGUUCCAGCGAAAGCUUUCGGCCAAUGACCGGGAAGCAGAACUUCCAGAACUCUCCUCUAGCGUCGCCUCGGAUGAUUCAAAUCUCGAAAGCGCCGUCGCCUCAACCACCCGCUCCAACUCCUCCACCUCUCGACCUGACCUCCGCCGACACGAUUCUGCCAACAGCCAGGCCCGCGGCAAGCACAUCACUCCCACAGACCUUGAGAAGGUCGUGAGCUCGAUACAGGAGAAGAAGAACAUUGAGCCUCUCUCGCCCCUCCCCGCACAGCUCGCGCACACUCCGGCUCCCCAGGAGAAGAGCAGAGCCGUCCAAGAUACGACUCCUCGUCCCUCGUCGCCUCCUGCCGCCCCUCGCUUCGUCCCCACGGAAUCGUCGACCUCAACGGUCGCCACCAUCCUCGGUAGCGAGGAUAUGAGCCCCCCGGUCGGAUCCGAUGUGAGCACAUCGACAGAUCUCAGCACCCACAGCGUCGUCCACGGCUUCGACCCCAGCCGCAUCUCCACCUCCAUCCGCUCCUGCACCAAUCUCAACCCCACUCCCAUCCUCAAGAACAGUCUCCUCAACUCCCGCCCGGAGCCGACCAAGGCUGAGCCAAUGAAGAAGAAGCAGCCAGUCUUCACUCUCGGCGGCUCUUCCGACGAGGACAACACCAGCUCGUUCGAGGCCUCUUAUAUGGCCGGCCGGAGCUCGCUGUCCGAGAACCUCAAGAAGUCCACCCUCAUGCGCAAGACGGCCUCCUUCAAGAACGAGGUCUCGACCCGCACCUACCAGGAGGCAGUCUCCUCGGAGGAGAGCGAGGCCAUUGAGAGCGCCAUUGAGAGCGAGAGCGAGGAGGAAGACUCCGACGACAACGCCAUCGAGGAAGAGGACUCCGAGGACGACUGGGAGGACGACAACGACAGCGGCCCAUCCAGCGUGGUCGACAAGGAGAUGUUCCAGCGCGUCGACUCCAAGCCCAACCUCGUCUCCCGCCGCUCCAUCCUCACGACUCUGAUGAACGAGGGCGACCGCGCGCAAGCUCUCCAGAACGCUGCGUCCAAGUCCACCCCGGCCAUCCGACGAUCCAGGACCUCGACCCCCAACGGUCCCUCCACCGGCACCUCCCCCCAGGAAGACAGCGGGUUGAUGAUGCGCCAGCAGAUCCCCCGCUCGAAGCCGAUCAUCAUGACGACCUCCAACGUCCACCCGCCCAUGCUCUCUCCCCGCACCACGCGCCGCAACAUGCUGCAGACGGAGCUGACGCAGUCGCUCCGCCAGAACCUCCUCUGGGAGAGGCAGCAGAAGAACGCGACCACCAACGCGGUCAACAAGCGUGUGCAGAGUGCCGUGUCCAUCCCAGCUCUCCGCCGGGCGGCCACCACCAACGACAUCAAGGGUCUCCAUGCAUUCCCUCAGCAGGCGGUCAACAGCAAGGCCCAGACUCCCAACGAGCCGGCCAAAAACAACUCUUCUUAUAACGACUACUUUGACCAGGGCCUCCAGGAAUACCACCAAAAAGGAUGGUGAUGGCCCUGCGUCCGCAACUUUCGAUUUCUAGCAUUUAUUCCAGCGGCAUAUAUGGACUGGCAUGGAUCAUUUGGUGUAUGGCGUCCUUUUUCCUCUUUUAUUAAUGAUUCUUCCCUUCUCUGUUUCUUCUUCGCCACUGCGUCCAUACGCAUUUAUUUGUUCAGCAACGGACGACCGAUUAUGGGGGACAG